AUGAACGGCAAAAUUGACGUAGCGCCCAGGAAAUUGCGGCCUCUGGGCCUGUUGGAGCGAUACUCGACAGUCAGAAGCCACCGCGGAAUCUACAACAACGUCUGCGUCGCUGCAGUCUAUAGAUGUUCCUACAACGGAGAUCUUCUGCAGGCUCUAUGGCGGGCUGUUAGUGACGUGGUUGCCCAGCACCCGAUCUUGAGUGCGACUCCCGUUGAUAUCGAUACCAAAGAUCCUCGGUUCAUCUCUCUGCCAAUCACCGAACCCGAGCAAGUCAUUCAGUUGAGAAAAUCUCAAACGGUCGUCACCGACCCUCAGUUUGAAGCUGAGCUGCAAGUGACGCUCGAAAAGCAACACAAUACGCCGUUCGAGCACGGCGCGACCCCACAGCCCUUCUGGAGACUAGAGGUUCUGGAUGACCGGACCAACUCUGGAAGUUUCGUGGCUUGUCUAUGCUUUCAUCACUCACUGAUGGACACUAAGAGUGCCCUAAUCUUUCAUGAAGACCUAGAGAAAGCUCUGAAUCAGUCGUCUAUAACGACCCAUUCGAAAGAUGCGCUGCUUCCGUCACUAGAGGCCGUCUAUGAUCUGCCGGUUUCAGAAACCUUCGUUCAGCAGGCAUCGAAUUACAUCGAGUCGCUAGCCAAAGUCUGGAGCAGUGCACUGCAGAAACUUCCUGUGAGAACCUGUGUCAGGCUGUUUUGGGUCUCGGGAGAAGUUGCCGAAAGCUUCAGAAAGCACUGCAAGGGAGAGAAAACAUCUGUCACGGCUGGUAUAAUGGCCCUCCUGGCAGCAGCAUUCUUCAAAGUUCUCCCCGACAACUACGAUACGUUGCAGGGCGACUGUGCUGUAUCCCUGCGCCAUCUACUGCCGGGCCCUAUCAACGAUAGAUCAUUAGGAUGUUAUGUUGGAUCCUUCAGCGAACAGUAUUCCCGGAGCGCGGAUCCGGCGUCGAUGUGGUUCGACGCUAGACGGACAAAAGCGACGAUUGAUGAGGUUACGAGAAAACGUGGAGCGGAUAUGCCUGUCGGGUAUCUACGUCACGUCGCCGAUGACAUGUCGGGAUGGUUAUCUGGAAAGCUGGGGAAGAAGCGGGCCGCUGCGUGGGAGAUAAGCAAUGUCGGGGUUGUCGGCUCCGCUGGAAAAGUGACUGAGACUGGGUUCAAAAUGGAGCGGAUGAUGUUCAGUCAAAGUGCCAGCGCAACCUCUGGAGCCGUCAAGGUUAGCGUCGUGACUGGGAGAGACGGGCAACUCGGCUUUGCUUUUUCGUGGCAGGAAGGUAUUGUGGAGGAGCGUUUGGCUGAAGAGGUCGUCUCCACGUUUAGAGAGUUGCUACUAGCACUAGUAUCUGAGGGCGGUCGCUGA